CACAAAGACAUGCGCACUCAACUUAAUCAGCCAUUUUUUUAAACAGGGCUAAAACGAUAAUAAUUAGCAGAAUAAAGACAUAUCGGAUUUUCAUUUCCCUUCCUCCGUAUCCCGGCCCCUCCACAACCGAAACAGCGAGGCUGCCGUCGACACAUCGUUCACCGAUCGGAUCCAAAGGAUAGCUUUCAUUUGCUUGCCAUUGUAUUUUUUUCUUUUUUUCCAAUAUAAAGUUGGAGGAUUGUCAUUUUCGUCUCCUUUUCCCUUUUUUGGUUAUCUAAUUACGCAGCCAUUGGAUGUGACUUUGUUAGAAAAAAAGCGAGACGAAGCAGAGAGAACUGCGGGGGAAGAAAGUCCCUGUCAGGCUGGUUGAGAUGAGAUCCCUAUGUAGUGGUCGCCAUGGCAACCUGUGACUCCCCCUCUAUGGUGUCGCGGCAGGAACAUGGCCAGAGAGACGCAGAGGAGGCCCAGAGAGACCGUCCAACUGCCGCCAUCGCCAUGGAGACCAACGCCGCCGCAACCGCAGUCGACGCACCGGACAACGGCCCCGUCAGCAAGGACGCCAGCAGCAGCCCACUGAGGGUGGCACCGGAGCCCUGCCGGAAGGAAAGCUUUACUACCGCCAACGGGACAGCUAGUGUUACCGGAAGCGGGACUUUACCGGGAGCGGGUUCCGGUUCAGGCUCAGACUCUGCCCCUGCCCCUGCCGCGGCCUCGCCGGUGGUGCCGGCAAAAGAGAUCCCCUGUAACGAAUGUGCCACCUCCUUCUCCAGUUUACAGAAGUACAUGGAACACCACUGCCCCAGCGCCAGGCUGCCCAGCGGGGCAGGGCCCGAGGGCGGGGAGGAGGAGGGCGACAGCGAAGGAGACCGCGACGCCGCGGAGCUCGGAGACAACAGCGAAAUGGAGAUGGAGGAGGAGGAGGAGAGCGAUGUGGAGAACCUGUGCGGAGAGAUCGUCUACCAGCCCGACGGCUCUGCCUUCAUCCUAGAGGACUCCAAAGAGCAGCGCGGCGCUGAGGGGCUGAGUGGACUCCCUUUCAGGAGCCUCCUGCCCCCUCAGUCCUUCCCCCCUAUGUCCCAGGCCUCCGCCGCCAGCGGCCAGAGCGCCAGCGGCCCCGGGGGGGACAGAGACAGGCUGGAGCAGCCUGCCGCUUCACCCAUGUCCUUCUACCCACAGGUCAUCAACACCUUCCACAUCGCCUCGUCCCUGGGGAAGCCCUUCUCGUCAGACCCUGGGUCCUCCUUCCCAAAUACCUCAGCGUUGGGGGGCCCAGGCCCCGUGUUGCACAGUUUCCGCGUGUACGACCUUCGCCACGAGAGCGACAAAGACUACCUGACGGUCGACGGCGCUGCCAAAAACUCCUGUGUGUCCAAAGAUGUCCCCAACAAUGUGGACUUGUCCCAGUUCGAGGGCUGCGUAAGCGACGGGCGGCGGAAGCCCGUGCUGAUGUGUUUCCUGUGCAAGCUGUCGUUCGGUUUCAGCCGCUCGUUCGUGACGCACGCCGUCCACGACCACCGCAUGACCCUGAACGAGAAGGAACAGAAGCUGCUGAGCAACAAGCACGUCUCCGCCAUCAUCCAGGGCAUCGGAAAGGACAAAGAACCUCUUAUAAGCUUUCUGGAACCAAAAAAAUCCUCCAACUCUGUGCCCCACUUUCCCUCCUCAGCCAACUUCCUGGGUGGCGAGCCGGGUCAACUCCGCGGGCUGUGGAACGCUUUUCACACCGAGAGCACCGACUCCCUCCAGGCUGGGUUUGCUUUCCUGAAGGGCAGCGCGGCCGCCCAGAGCGACCAAACCCCCAGAACCCAACCCAUGCCAAAGGCCGAGACCAGCCCAAACCCUGGGGGCAUGGCGGGCGUGCGUCGGACCCCGGCUGGCUCUGCGGCGAGCCGUGAGCAGGACUCGGAGAGUGACUGCGAGGGCCGCGGGCGGGACACACUCACGCAGACACGCACUUUGUGUCCCAACGGCCCCGCGUCGGAGCUGAGCCGGUACCCGGCCGUGAAGCUGGAGCCGGGGGCGGGGGAGCCAGGGGCGGGGCCCGCCAGCCCGGACGAGGACGACGAGGACAUCUACUCAAGCGGGGGUCCGGAGAUGGAGCCGGAGGAGGAGCCGGCAGCGGGAGAACGAGCCGACAGCACCAGUAGCAAAGACUUCCCUCUCUUAAACCAAAGCAUUUCCCCUCUACCCAACCACGUGCUGAAGUACAGCGACAACAAAGCCCCCCUCUUGUCCUCCUCGUCCUCCCUGGCCGUGUGUGAGGAGCUGCAGAAGAGCCACCUGUCCAGGGACAGGGAGAGCAGCAACGACUCCACCAGCGACACCCUAGGGGGCCGUGGUGGCUCCUCCCCCUCCUCCCGCCCCCUGGACAUGAUGAUGAUGCGCAGAGACGACGAGAGCCCCGGGCCCCUGCACCAACACGCAGGAAACCCCGGCACUCCCGGGACCCCAGGGACCCCUGGGACCCCUGGACCUGGCGAGGGCUCCCCUGGAAGCGGGGUGGAGUGCCCCAAAUGUGACACGGUCCUGGGGUCUUCCCGCUCCCUCGGAGGUCACAUGACCAUGAUGCACUCACGGAACUCGUGCAAGACGCUCAAGUGUCCCAAGUGUAACUGGCACUACAAGUACCAGCAGACCCUGGACGCUCACAUGAAGGAGAAGCACCCUGAGUCCGGGGGAUCAUGUGUGUACUGUCGGACCGGCCAGGCUCACCCUCGCCUGGCCCGGGGAGAGAGCUACACAUGCGGCUACAAGCCCUUCAGAUGCGAGGUGUGUAACUACUCCACCACCACCAAGGGAAACCUGAGCAUCCACAUGCAGUCAGACAAGCACCUGAACAACGUCCAGACCCUCCAGAACGGAGGCACCGAGGUGCAGUACACCCACAGCCACACCCACAGCCACAACCACAACCAUACCCACAACCACAGCCUGGCCAAUCCGGUGCCCAGCGCCAGUCUUGGGGGCAGCUGUGGGACGCCCUCCCCCUCCAAGCCCAAGCAGAAGCCUACCUGGCGUUGUGAGGUGUGCGACUACGAGACCAACGUGGCCAGGAACCUUCGUAUCCACAUGACCAGCGAGAAGCACAUGCACAACAUGAUGCUGCUGCAGCAGAACAUGAAGCAGAUCCAACACAGCCUGCACAUGGGGCUGGCUCCAGCAGAGGCAGAGCUGUACCAGUACUACCUGGCCCAGAACAUGGGCCUGACCGGGGUCAAGUUGGAGAACCCUUCUGGACCCGAAGCCUCCGUGAUGAUGAACCCCUUCCAGUUGGACCCUGGCACGGCCGCGGCCCUCGGAUCCAGCCUGGUGAGUACUGACCUCUCAGCAGAGCUGCGUCUGUCCGGGGGUCAGCUAAUGGCGGACGACCUCUCCGUGCUGACAGGGGGCGGGGUCGGGGGAAGCGGCGUGGGCGGGGACGUGUCCCCCCCCCUCAGCGACCCCGCCCUCCGCCUCUACCAGUGUGCCGUCUGCAACCGCUACUCGUCCGACAGCCUGGAGGCGCUCAGCGCCCAUGUCAGCGCCGACCGCGCCCUGCCCGAGGACGAGUGGAGGUGCAUUCUGGGAGACGUGUACCAGUGCAAGCUGUGCAACUACAACACCCAGCUUAAGGCUAACUUCCAGCUGCACUGCAAGACGGACAAGCACAUGCAGAAGCACCAGCUGGUGGCUCACAUCAAGGAGGGGGGGAAGGGUAACCAGUGGAGGUUAAAGUGCGUCGCCAUCGGCAACCCUGUGCACCUGAAGUGCAACGCCUGCGACUACUACAGCAACAGCGUGGAUAAGCUCCGCCUCCACGCCACCAACCAGAGACAUGAGGCGGCCAUUCGCAUUUACAAGCCGGCUGGAGACCAGGGACGGCACCUGGCGACGUGCCGGCUGGGAGACCAGGGACGGCACCUGGCGACGUGCGGCUGGGAGACCAGGGACUGGCACCUGGCGACGUGCCGGCUGGGAGACCAGGGACGGCACCUGGCGACGUGCCGGCUCUUCGGUCGUUUGAAGGAGUCAGGUGAGGACUGUGAGGCUCCUCCCCCUCGCUCCGCCUCCCGACCGGGACUCAACCUACAUGACCGAGAGCUGGCCGAGGCCAAGAGAGCUGACCGAGAAACCAGCUGCUGA